AUGAUCCCGAAGGGCGCCUUCCUGCGCGUCGUCGACAACUCCGGCGCGCGCGUCGGCCAGGUGAUCUGGACCCGCUUCUCCGCCGCCAAGCUCGGGUCCAUCGUGAAGGUCGCCAUCAAGGAGGCGAAAGGCGGGAAGGUCGCCGCGGGCCAGAUGAAGAAGGCCGUCGUCGUCGAGACAAAAUACCCCACGCGGCGCCCCAACGGCGCGCACUUCCAGUUCCUGCGGAACAGCUGCGUGCUGCUGAACGAGAAGGGCGCGCCGAUCGGCAGCCGCAUGCGGUCGCUGCUGACGUACGAGUUUGGGAAGCCCAGGUGGAAGCGGCUGUCGAUGCUCGGGAAUCGCCUGUUCUGA